AGUUGUAAAGUUUUUACGUUUUGUUGAAUUUUGUCUCAAAUUCUACUCUUCUAAAUGAAUGCAUAACUGUUUCUGAACACUUUAUCUCGUAGUUUGGUUGCCUAAGUCUCUGUGCUAGAGAGCRAAGGUCUCAGAAUGCAGGAUAUCGUAGCGGGAAUCUCCGACAUCAUGUUGGACAUUGAGUUCCAACUCAAGAAUCAGAUAGGAUGUCAACCAUUACCWUUCCCUGGCAUGGACAAGUCCAGUGCUGCAGUAUGCGACUUCUUCGUGAAUAACACUUGUAGCAAAGGUGCGUAUUGUCCAUUCCGCCACACGUCRGGUGAAAAGACAGUCGUCUGCAAGCACUGGUUGAGAGGUUUGUGCAAGAAGGGAGACCAGUGUGAGUUUCUUCACCAAUAUGAYAUGACCAAGAUGCCUGAGUGUUAUUUCUACUCAAAAUUUGGAGAAUGCAGCAACAAAGAGUGUCAGUAUCUGCAUAUAGAUCCACAGUCAAAGAUCAAAGACUGUCCUUGGUAUGACAGAGGCUUCUGUAAACAUGGUCCUCAUUGUCGUCAUCGUCAUGUUCGUCGGGUAUUGUGCAUUAACUACUUGUGUGGGUUUUGUCCUGAAGGUCCAAAAUGUAAACACAAACAUCCAAGGUUUGAGCUUCCAAUAGUCAAGGAUGAAGGAGUUGAGAAAAAACUAAACAUWACUUGUCACAGCUGUGGUCAGCCUGGUCAUAAAGCAUCAAUGUGUCCUCAGAACCAAAUGAAAGAACACAAGCCCAAUACAUACAUACAACUGAACCCAAAUCAUACUACCGAUCAACAAGUGUUUGGCAGAAGACCACUAGAGACUGUUACAUGCUUUAAGUGUGGUGACAAAGGACAUUAUGCUAACAAGUGCCCAAAAUCAAGAUCAGAACUGAUUGGCUGAUGUCGAUAGUACAAUGAACAAGAGAAUAGCUCGUUCGUCCUCAUGCUCAACACCAACCAAGACAGCAGAUGGACCACUUGUCAGAUAAAAAUAUUUAGAAAUUAUUAUUAUUAUUGUUAUAACUUUGCGGUCCACGGUUGUUGCUGUUUCAUGAUAUCGCGUGCUUUAUCUCAUGAAAUUUAACCAAUACACCUCUUUAGCUUGAGCGCAAUGUGUCAUUCCCUAGAGUAUUAAUUCUUUGUUUAACGGUUGCCCAUGAGAAGACACAUGAAUAUAUGGAUAUGACUCAAACAAAAAAUCCUACUUUCAAAGGAAUGACACAUGGCCUGAAAUGGGAAUACAUUAUAAUUAUGUCCAAGGUAAAGAGAUUUAGUAUUUUAAUUACAUUUUUUAUCAAGUGGAAAAGUUAACCAAUCAGUGAUGACAUUUCAGUCACUACCRCUCAAUAUCGAUAUCUCAGUGGCAGACUAUAUUUUGUAGGUAUCAAGGGUGGCGUAGUGAAAGCACACUCACCUCUUGGAUCUUGGAUUCAAUACCUGGACUCGUCAUCAAAUACAAAUUCGAUGUUUUUUCUGAAAUUUAUGGUUUUCCUCCCUCCGCAAAAACCUUACUUGCUAAAUUUCUAUUCUCUGUGACUUAGCCGUGCCCUGACUUAGAUCAGCCCAGAGGUUGUUUCAGGGUUCGAUCUGUGAGUUAGCCAUGCCCUGACUUAGAUCAACCCAGAGGUUGUUUCAAUAUUGAUAAAAAGAAAUUAUAAAGAUACGGAAGUAUCCGGUCACGACAUGGUCACGCAAUAUCAGGUGUUUCAGUCUCUUGUAUGAAAGUAAAAAUUAUUAAUUUGGUAAAAAAUAUUGCGUGCGUUUUCGUGAAUCACGGGAUUAUAGCAACAUUUCCGUGGACCACCAACAGAGUAACUUAUUUUUAUCAUCUGUCGAUAUUUCA